AUGUAUCAGAUGAAUGGGUAUCGAAUGCCACCCGCCGCUCCUGGCCCAAGCUCGAAACGAAACCCCCUGGUCAACGCCGUCAACCACCACCCGAAUGUUAUGCAGAUGAACGCCGUACCGCCUGUGCCAGCCAAAGCCCCCGCCAAGGGCCCGUCGUCCCCGCCGCUGCCGAGACAGAACAGCAAGACGAGACCGCCGUCGCCACCCAAGGUCAUCAGCGACAAGGCUGGUCGACUGCAGUUUAACCGUGUUGGAUUCUUGGGCGAGGGAGGAUUUGCUCGGGUGUAUGAAGUUCAGGAUCCGCGAGGAAGUCGACUUGCUUGCAAGGUAGUUACAAAGUCUGCUCUCAAGACCAAGAAAGCUAAAACCAAGCUCUACGCAGAAAUCAAGAUCCACCGCUCACUCGACCACCCCAACAUCGUCACGUUCAUCGACUGUUUUGAAGACGAAGACAAUGUCUACAUCACCCUCGAGCUGUGUCCUUCUGGAUCGCUCAUGGACAUGCUGCGUCGUCGCAGGCGCUUCACAGAACCAGAAACAAGGUUUUUCAUGGUACAGCUCAUAGGAGCGUGCCACUACAUGCACACGCACCAGGUCAUCCACAGAGACCUCAAACUCGGAAACCUCUUCCUCGACGCCAACAUGAACGUCAAGGUCGGCGACUUUGGUCUUGCUGCCCUCAUCGAGAACCCCGGUGAGCGAAAGAAGACCAUCUGCGGAACACCCAACUACAUCGCACCCGAGGUCUUGUUCGACACCGCCAACGGCCACAGCUUUGAGGUCGACAUUUGGUCGAUCGGUGUCAUUCUCUACACCCUCGUCAUCGGACGCCCGCCUUUCCAGACAAAGGAGGUCAAGGAGAUCUACAAACGUAUCCGUGACAACGAGUACGAGUUCCCCGCUGAGCGGGCCAUCUCCACUGCCGUCAAGGUUCUCAUCCAGCAAAUCCUCACCCCAGAUCCAUCACAGCGCCCCACCCUACACGAGAUCAUCGAAGACACUUUCUUCACCCACGGCACCGUCCCCGCCUUCAUCCCCACCUCUGCGCACGACGCCGCACCCGAUUUCCGCCACAUCUCCCGCAGCGCCUCCGAAGCCAACCUCAAACGCCUCCGCCGCUACGCCCUCCUCGACACCGACUUUAACAACACGCCCUCCCCUGUUCAGAACGCCACGACGAGGAACAUUACGUCGAGUAUCGCCCAGCAGGAGAAGGAGUUCCAGCGGGCUGUUCAGCCUGGUUCGCCUAUUUCUGCGCUGCUCAGUUCGGCGAGGCAGCCGUUGUUGGUGGGUCCUACAGCGGGUGGCGGCGGGAACCCCGGAGCUGUACGUGAGAGCCCGCUUUUGCGGAAGCUGCAGGCUGUCAAAGAGAGUCCGUUGGGGAGGCGGAGUGUCACUCGCACUGCCAACGGGUACGAGGAGGAUGAGAGGGGUAAGAGGCGGAUGGUGAUCGAGACGGAGGAGGAAGAGGAGGAUAUGAGGCAGAGGAGGAAGGAGCUUGAAGCGCAGAAGGCGAGGAUUGUGGCGCAGAUGGCGCCUGUUAAGGAGGAGGUGGAGAGGGAGGAGAGGGAGGAUGAAGACGACGAGGAGGAAGAUGAGGAUGGUAUGGGUGGGAGGAGGAGGGCGCCGCCGCCUCCGCCGCCUGUGUUUAAGAGGGAGAGGGAGCAUCAGAAGGGGUCGUCGGCGGGUUCGAAUCGGUAUGCGGGGGAGGAUGUCGAGAAUGUGCCGCCGAGGUUGGGUGGGGCGCAGCAGGCGAGGAGGGAUGUGGCGAAGGGGAAGGCUGUUGAGAGGCCGAGGGCGAGGGAGAAGGAGAAUGUUCCCGUGUCGUCUUCGAAUCCAGCACCUGCAGCACCCAAACUGAACGGCUUUGACGCGGCAGCUCAGAUCCUCACUAUGGCGUUUGACGCGCGGGCUGCGGGCCGCGUGUUCCGUAGUCCGUUGGGCGAUCAGCCGCUGCCUGAGGAGCGGGUGUUUAUCGUGAGCUGGGUGGAUUAUUGCAACAAGUAUGGGAUGGGCCAUUUCGACUACAUCUCCUCCCGCCACCAUGGAUCCAUCUACCUCCGCAAAUCCUUCACGAUCGACGCCUACCCUGACGAGUUGAAGAGUAAAGUCUACCUUUUGAAGCAUUUUGAAAAGUAUAUUAUGGAGCGGUUGUAUGGGGAGUAUGAGUAUACGUUUGAGGAUGUUGAGAGGACGAAGGGGAUGGAGUGGGUGCAAAAGUAUUUGAGGAUGAAGCAUGUUAUUGUGUUUAAGAUGAGUCAUGAUGUUUUGCAGUUCAACUUUUACGACCACUCGAAGCUCAUCCUCUCCUCCAACGGUCUUCUCAUCACGCACAUUGACAAAUCGUACAAGAUGACGCGGUGGACGCUUGAAGAUGUUAUGGCGUUUUCGUUGCAUCCGCCUCAAGGGGCGAGUGGGGAUGAGAUCAAGUUUAAUCAGAGGAUGGUGGAUAAGUUGAAGUAUUGUAAGGAGGUUUUGGUAAGUAUUAGGAGUGCUACUAGUGCUGGGGCUGGGAGUGGUGGAGGGGGUGGAGGGGAGAGGGGGACGUCGACGGAAAGGGGGGAGAAGGAGAGGGGAGGGGAGAGGGCUGAACGGGGGGAGAGGAGGAUGGGUGGGGAUGAUGAGAGGGAGAGGGAUAGAGAGAGGGAGAGGGCGGAUAGAGGCGUGGAGAGGGAGAGGCUUGGCUCUGGAAGAGAAGCUGGUUCGUCUACUGCCACUCUGAAUCGGAGGACGUCCAAGUUGUCUAUGCGGUAGUUGGUGGUUGUGUGUGGUUGUGUGGUGUUAUGUUAUGUGUGUCACCCCCUCGCGUUCUUCUCUACCCGUCUUUGUCGCCCCUCGCGUUCUGCAACCGUCUUUGUCGCCCCUUGGGUUCUCUAUCUCUACUCUUCUUUGUCGCUGUCUCGUUUGUUAAGUACUAUUCUACCCUUUUGUGUGUCGCUAUCGCGUUUUUGUGUUCGUUUGGUACUCUAGACUCGAUUUUUAUUAUGCGUUCCUUGACCUCGUCUGUCUGGACUAGGAUUCGCUUUUCUUUUCUGCGUCUGUCUGGACUACCUCUCGCUUUUCCCGCUCGUCUCUUCUUUGUCGGUUUCGCUUCUCGUUCUCGUUUCCUCGACUCGUUCGCUAUCUCGUCUUUUGAAGUUGAAGCACUCGUUUCGUCGGCGGUCGUUUGUCGAGUCACUCGUUUAUUUUUUAUCCGUACGGCGUAGGUUCUUUCGCUCGCUCGUUACCCGUCACUUCUUUGUCGUCUUCGUCUCCGUCUCGUCGACCUCGUUGCAGUAUUGUGUGUAUUCUAGUCAUCAGCUAUCGUAUUUUUUUUUUGUUAUCCGUUUCUUUUCUUUAAUGUUAUGAAAGUUUGGGAGUCGCC